UGUGCUUCUCCCUGCCUCUCCCGCGCCAGCAGCCCGUUACCCUGCACUUCUUCUGCCUCAUCAGAUGACGAUGCAGCUCAUCCGUCUCAAUCACUCACUCAUCUCCCCACCACUGGCACUGCUCGGCUGAGGAGGGACGGCUCGCUCCCUUUCACGUCCUCCUCGCCCCUCGUUUCUUUUGUGACCGUUUCUCUUUUGGUUAUUUUAGCACAUUCUGAGUGCGCUCGGACAAACGGCCGAUGACGUUGCGGCAACCCUUGAGCUGACUGACCGAGCUGCCCGCCUCCUUUUGCUCGCACCAUUCAUUGCCUGUGACGCCUGGCAUAUCGCACGCCACGUCACGGCAUGUGACGACGGAGGCAUUGAGCCGUUACGAGACUCGCUCGUAUCUUUUGCUGUUUCUGCGGCCGUGCCUCGCAACGGGUACAAGCAGCAGCUGUUUGAUCGUCGCACCCAGCGGCCUCCCUCCCUCAAUCACGACCUCUCGUUCCCAGGCGCUCGAACAGCGUCAUGCCGCUGUCCAAGGCGGCGACGGCGGCGAAGAGGCAGCGCCUUACGCUUGCUCAAUUAGCCGCGUACGAUGAUAUACUGACCGAUGCGCUUGUCGACCAUGUUUACUACUGGACGACCGUCCCCAAGAACCGCUCCACGUACCAUCCGUCGCGGGGCGUGAGCGAAGAGGUCAUCGCCAAGAUUGUCCAGGAUGAGAUUGUGCUCAACAAAAACCUGGAUGCUGCCGAGGAGAAGCUGCUGGCGACGGACGGCCUGAAGAGGUUCCUCGGGAGCCUCAAGACAGGCAAGGAAAAGGACGACUUCCGCCGGCACCUGCGGCGCUAUCUGCAAAUCUACAUGCCCGAUUGCCCGUUUGAGGUGAGCUCGACGAACCGAUACACCCUCGUCACGCACGAGGCGAGCAUCACCGCCCGACGCUACAUCAAGCGCAACGAGUCCAUCAAGUAUCUCUCGGGCAUCCAGGUCAACAUGACGCCCGAGGAGGAAAAUGAGAUUGCCGUGCGCAAGAAGGACUUCAGCGUCGUCGUCAGCUCGCGAAACAAAUGCACGAGCUUGUUCAUGGGCCCCGCUCGAUUCGCCAACCACGAUUGCGACGCCAACGCAAAGUUGAUGACGACGAGCCACGCCGGCAUCGAGAUCAUUGCUACGAAGCCGAUCGAGGUGGGCGAGGAGAUCACCGUGACAUACGGCGAGAGCUACUUUGGCGAGGACAACUGCGAAUGUCUCUGUCAGACGUGCGAGAGGAACCUGUGUAACGGGUGGCAGCCGGAGGAAGGUGCACCGGUAGCCAUCAAGCCAAGCGUGGAGGAGUCGGAAAAGCCAGUGGUCUAUUCACUUCGGCGCCGACGCAGAGACGACAGCAUAGGCGGGACCUCGUCGCGGACGCCGUCUGUGACGCCGGUGAUUCGCCCGCGCGUGUACAAGACGCGAAACAAGAGCUCAAGAUUCAGUAACGCGCAUGAUCCGUCACCGUCGGCAGAUUCUCCGGCCCCGGAUGCCGCCACGCCGUCGGGUCGCAAGCGGCCGAUUGAUGCUAUGGCGACGCCUCCGAUCACACCGGCUAAGCGCCUUAAACAUCUCGUGGAGCCGCCUCCUGCUGAGCCAGCCGUGUCAAGAGGAAGCUCUGUUAGCGGAAGUGUGGCGUCGAACAGCGGUGAUGCGUUGGACACGGAUGUGACAUCUCCAGAGAAGGACAGUCCAGAGCCUGUCCUGCAAACGCCAGUGAAGGAGCUGAAGGCAAAAGCUCCAUGCGAGUUCAAGAUAACUCGUGAGAUGAUGUUGCUGGCGAUGCUAGGAGUGUUCCCUCCGCAGAGCGUGCCUAGCAUGCGGUCGCCACCCUCGUCACAGAAUUCAGAAGGAGAGAAGACGUCGGGAGAGGCAUCAGAGCGGGCCGUUGUGGGGGUCGCCUCCACGCCUGUUGCUCCUCCAACCGACGCAGAGCCGACUGCCGCUUCAGUGGCCGUCAGCAUCGAGACCGUAGCUGAGGCGGACAUGGUACAGCCGGCAGCAAACACAGGUGUGGAGGCAGAGGUCAAACCGAAGACGAGAAAGUAUCAGCGUCGGGUGUUCAUAAAACAGGCCACGCCGCCGGCCCGGAUGCGGACCCCCGGCGACUACAUCCUCACACCUCUCUUGCUGUCCGAACCCGAGAUGGCUUGGGUCCAGUGCACAAACUGCACCAACUACUUUAUCCAACAAAACGCUUACUACACACGGGCCUCGUGCCCCCGCUGUGAGCGGCACUCGAAGCUGUACGGGUUCAUCUGGCCCAAGACGGAGAGGGCGGGACCCGGCGACAAGGAAGAGAGGAUUCUGGACCACCGGAUGGUGCACCGUUUCCUCGACCACUAUGACGAGCGCAGGGCUCGGGGCCGCAAGGUUAUGGAGCGCGAAGAGAGCGAAGAGGAAGAGGAGGAGGAAGAGGAGCAAGAGGAUGAGGCGCCGCGCGGACGGCGCUUGAAGCGAGGCGGGUCUUCGAUAACGAAGCCGGUGGGGGCGAGAGAGGCCAUCAAUGGUCUACGCCGGAGCAGCCGUGCGCGGAGAGUGAGCUCCCGACUGUCUGGUGAACAAGCGCGGCGAUAGAUGCGGAACGGCCUCGGCCUGUGUUAUCUUACUUGCGUGUUUGAGUUCGGCGCCUGUACAUGGAAGCGACAUCUUGAAUAAUCCCGAUAUGUACUAUUAUAGCUCGACUACAAUGCGUGAGCAGUAGUUAGAUGAAUCGUCAAGCCGCAUAGCC